CUCUCUCUCUAUCUCUCUUCCAAAAAAAAUAUACACCAAAACAUUCCUACCCUCCGUCUCCUUUCAAUUGUCUCGCAUAAUUUCGAAAAGAAAAUGUCAGCUCUCUCCAUGGCAGCUUCAACUAUAACUUCCUCUCCAUUACACACAAAGCUUUCAAACCUCUCCUUCACUCACUCUCCACUUCCACUCCCUUCCCACUUCUCACCAAAACCCUUACUUAAACCUCUAAAACCCCUCCAACUCAACAACCAAGACUCCAAUUCCCUUUCUCUCCUCUCCCUCCCUCAUUUCCGUGGCAUUUUUGCUGCCUCUUCUGACAGUUUUGAAGCUGGAACAGAAGAAAACACCACAGCUCUAGGUGACCCACAAAGUGAAACGGACGAAUUUGACCAAGAAGUUGUAGAAGAAGAAGGAGAUGUGGAGGCCAUAAAAGCAACUGAAGAAGGCAAGCUUUAUGUGGGAAAUCUACCAUAUUCAAUGACUUCUUCGGAAUUGGCUGAGGUUUUUGAGGAAGCUGGUCGUGUUUUCAGUGCUGAGGUUAUUUAUGAUCGAGUUACGGAUAGGAGCAGGGGCUUUGGGUUUGUUACCAUGGGAAGUCUUGAAGAAGCUAAAAAAGCGAUUCGGAUGUUCAAUGGAACACAAUUUGGAGGUCGAUCUGUGAGGGUGAACUUCCCAGAAGUGCCAAGGGGAGGUGAGAGGGAAGUAAUGGGACCAAGGAUACAGAGUGGCUACAAGGGGUUUAUAGACAGCGAACACAAGAUAUAUGCAGGAAACCUUGGUUGGCGCCUCACAUCUGAGGGUCUUAGAGACGCAUUUGCUAACCAGCCAGGGGUAUUAAGUGCCAAAGUCAUCUACGAGAGGGACUCAAGAAGAUCACGAGGUUUUGGCUUUGUCUCUUUUGAAUCUGCUGAGAAUGCAGAAGCUGCUUUAGAAGCCAUGAAUGGAGAGGAGGUGGAAGGGCGGCCUAUGCGAUUGAAUUUGGCCGGAGAAAGAUCACCUCCUCCUUCAGCCAAGGAAAAUAACAAAGAAAACAAUCUUGAGAGCGGUGAAUUGCUGUCCAGCUUUGGAACCUGAGAGGAGCAUGUGAAUUCCACGGAUGUUUAAAUAUGCUGUUAGAUGGAGCGCUGUGGGAAGAUAUAGCCAUCAACUUCCAAGUCUUGACUCAAUAUGGGACCUCUUUUGAUUUUUUUUUUGUUUUGCUCCAAAAUUGUAUACAAGCUGGCUCGUAUAAAUUCCAUACAAGAAGAGUUUUAAUAUUCGUAUAAAGUACAAGCUUAUGGGCUGCAGUCAUUUGCUGUGCGCUUGGAGUGAUGCAGCUCUGGAUUGUAAAAACAAUUAAAUACUGUGCCAAUUUUAAUAUUAACCUUGUUGUGGCGUGUGCAGAGUUUUGAUGGUUAAA